AUGUUCCGUGCUUGUAAAUUGUCAAGUAAUAAACUUUAUUCUCCUAUUAACAGCUUGUUAAUAAAUCGUAAAUAUGCUAGUGUUGCAGCUUCUCCAAUUUCAGUUUCAAAGUCAAAAAAUGGAAUAACGACAGUUUCUAUUCAAGAUGGUGCACCAGCUUCUUCUAUUUCGUUAGUUGCAAAGGCUGGUCCUCGUUAUGAGACUAUUAAUAAUAUUGGAGCUGCACAUUUUUUGAAGAAUUUUGCUUUUAAGAACACCACAAAUAAAACUGCUUUUCGCACAACACGUGAAACAGAACUACUUGGCGGUGUAUUAUCUGAUGUUGUGUUCAAUGCAAAAUAUGAACCACAUGAAUUUAAAGAAGUGAAACAAAGUGUUGCUUUUGAAAGAAGUACAGCCGAAUCAACCCCAGAAAUUUUGACUUUAGAAACAACACAUGAAGUAGCAUUUCGUAAUGGACUUGGCAAUUCACUUUUUGCAAAUUCUACCACAAAGAUUAAAAGUAGCGAAGAUGUCAUAGCUUAUGCCAACAAAGUCUAUACAGCUCCGAAUAUCACUAUUAUUGGUACUGGUGUUGAUCAUAAUGAGUUGGAAACUUUAACAGAAAAUCUUUUUAAAGAUAUAAAUCAUACAUUACCAGCCACACCAAUCAAUUCCAAAUAUUUUGGAGGCGAGGUUAGAUUGUCUAGUGGAAAUGAUACAAGCCAUUUUGUGCUUGCAUUCGAGGGAGCACCAGGGGGAACAUCUGAUUUUUAUACUCUUCAGAUUCUUAGAUCGCUACUAGAUGGAGAUAAAUAUACAAAGUGGGGUGAAGGUGUUACUAAACUUGCUCAAACAGCAAAUAAAUUUGUUGAUACCAAAAUCAGUGCUUUCAAUACUGGUUAUUCAGACGCAGGUAUUUUUGGUGUAUAUUUCUCAGGUAAACCAACAUCGAUACGUUCAGCUGUUGAUGCUACAGUCGAACAAUUACAACAUGUUGCAAAAGGUGUUGAUAUAGAGGAAUUCAAACGAGCAAUUGCAAAAGCAAAAUAUAACACUGCAGCUUCUUAUGAUGCACGUUAUUCUAAAACUGAAACCUUGGGCAAUCAGAUUUUGUCUUCUGCAAAAAUCACUUCUGCUUCCGAAGCAGUGUCAGGAUAUGAUCAUAUCAAAUCAUCUGAUGUUACUAAAAUUGCUAAUGAAAUUUUGUCAAGUAAACCUACUACUGUGGCACUUGGAGACAUAAUUGCUUUACCAUAUGCCGAUGCUUUAUCUCUUAAUUAA